GCAGGAAUUUCUGGGAUGGGCAGAUGGCCCACCCCCUCCUCCUCCUUCCCCAAGCCGCAGAGGGUAGGGCAGGGAAAACCUCCGCGACUUCCCCGCGCCCCAGCCCAGAGCCCCGAGUGUCGGUUCACUGUGGCUGCAGGGGUGGCGGAGUGGGUCUCCAGGGCCGGGGGCGGCGGGGGCCCUGGAGGGGUGGGGCUCGGAGGAGGCUGCGGAUCCGCCUCCGCGCCGCAGGGCCGGGUGUUUGGGGCGCGGCUCGGGGCUCCCGGGACGUGUGGCGCCCGGCGAGCCCAGUGGUUAGCGAUGCUGCAGUCGCUGCUGCUGCUGCCGCUGCUGCUGCUGCUGCUGAGGGCACCGCGGGGCUGCGCCGAGGGCGUGGCGGAGCCGCUCUCCCCGGAGCGGCUCCUGGAGUGGCGCGGGUUUCACCAUGUUGCCCAGGCUGUUGUUGAACUCCCAGGCUCAAGUGAUCCGCCCACCUCGGCCUUCCAAAGUUCUGGGAUUGCAGUCAUGCGCCACCAUGCCCCGGCUGAAAACAUCAGACCAGAUAAAGGGAUAUUUGUUAUCCAAAGCGAGAGCCUCGAGAAAUGCAUCCAAGCAGGGAAAUCGGUACUGACCCUGGAGAACUGCAAGCAAGCAAACAAGCACAUGCUGUGGAAAUGGGUUUCAAACCACGGCCUCUUUAACAUAGGAGGCAGCGGUUGCCUGGGCCUGAAUUCCUCCGCCCCAGAGCAGCCGUUGAGCUUAUAUGAAUGUGACUCCACCCUCGUUUCCUUGCGGUGGCGCUGUAACAGGAAGAUGAUCAUGGGCCCGCUGCAGUACUCCGUCCAGGUGGUGCGCAAUAACACUGUGGUGGCCUCACGGAAGUAUUUUCAUAAGUGGAUUUCUUAUGUGUCAGGUGGUGGAGACAUUUGCGAAUAUCUACACAAAGAUUUGCAUACAAUCAAAGGGAACACCCACGGGAUGCCGUGUAUAUUUCCCUUCCAGUAUAACCACCAGUGGCAUCAUGAAUGUACCCGUGAAGGUCGAGAAGAUGACUUAUUGUGGUGUGCCACGACAAGCCGUUAUGAAAGAGAUGAAAAGUGGGGAUUUUGCCCUGAUCCCACCUCUGCAGAAGUAAGUUGUGAUGCUAUUUGGGAGAAGGACCUCAAUUCACACAUUUGCUACCAGUUCAACCUGCUUUCAUCUCUCUCUUGGAGUGAGGCACAUUCUUCAUGCCAGAUGCAAGGAGGUGCACUAUUAAGUAUUACAGAUGAAACUGAAGAAAAUUUCAUAAAGGAGCACGUGAGCAGUAAAGCAGUGGAGGUGUGGAUCGGUCUCAAUCAGCUGGAUGAACACGCUGGCUGGCAGUGGUCUGAUGGAACGCCGCUCAACUACCUGAAUUGGAGCGCAGAGGUAAAUUUUGAGCCGUUUGUUGAAUAUCAUUGUGGAACAUUUAGUUUGCUUAUGCCAAGUGCCUGGAGGAGUCGGGAUUGUGAGUCCACCUUGCCAUAUAUAUGUAAAAAAUAUCUAAACCACGUUGAUCAUGAAAUAGUUGAAAAAGAUGCUUGGAAAUAUUAUGCUACCCACUGUGAGCCUGGCUGGAAUCCCUACAAUCGUAAUUGCUACAAACUUCAGAAAGAAGAAAAGACCUGGCAUGAGGCUUUGCAUUCUUGCCAGGCUGAUAACAGUGCAUUAAUAGAGAUAACCUCAUUAGCGGAAGUGGAGUUUCUUGUAACCCUCCUUGGAGAUGAAAAUGCAUCAGAAACAUGGAUUGGUUUGAGCAGCAAUAAAAUUCCAGUUUCCUUUGAAUGGUCUAAUGACUCUUCAGUCAUCUUUACUAAUUGGCACACACUUGAGCCCAAAAUUUUUCCAAAUAGAAGCCAGCUGUGUGUCUCAGCAGAACAGUCUGAGGGACACUGGAAAGUCAAAAAUUGUGAAGAAACACUGCUUUAUAUUUGUAAGAAAGCAGGCAAGGUACUCUCUGAUGCUGAAUCAGGAUGUCAAGAGGGAUGGGAGAGACAUGGUGGCUUCUGUUAUAAAAUUGACACAGUCCUUCGAAGCUUUGACGAAGCUUCCAGUGGUUAUUACUGUCCUCCUGCACUUGUAACCAUUACAAACAGGUUUGAACAGGCUUUUAUUACCAGUUUGAUCAGUAGUGUGGUGAAAACGAAGGACAGUUAUUUUUGGAUAGCUCUUCAAGACCAAAAUGAUACAGGAGAAUACACUUGGAAGCCAGCAGGGCAGAAACCCGAGCCGGUGCAGUACACACACUGGAACGCACACCAGCCCCGCUACAGUGGUGGCUGUGUGGCCAUGCGAGGAAGGCAUCCACUUGGCCGCUGGGAAGUGAAGGACUGUCAGCACUUUAAGGCAAUGUCCUUGUGCAAGCAGCCAGUUGAAAAUCGGGAAAAAGCAGAGCAUGAAGAGAGAUGGCCCUUUCACUCCUGCUAUUUGCACUGGGAGUCAAAGCCUGGUCUGGCCAGUUGCUUCAAGGUAUUUCAUAGUGAAAAAGUUCUGAUGAAAAGAACAUGGAGAGAAGCUGAAUCAUUUUGUGAAGAAUUUGGAGCUCAUCUUGCAAGCUUUGCCCAUAUUGAGGAAGAGAAUUUUGUGAAUGAGCUCUUACAUUCAAAAUUUAAUUGGACAGAAGAAAGGCAGUUCUGGAUUGGAUUUAAUAAAAGAAAUCCACUGAAUGCUGGCUCAUGGGAAUGGUCUGAUAGAACUCCUGUUGUCUCUUCAUUUUUAGACAAUAAUUAUUUUGGAGAAGAUGUGAGAAACUGUGCUGUUUAUAAGGCAAACAAAACACUGCUGCCUUUACACUGUGGUUCCAAACGUGAAUGGAUAUGCAAAAUCCCAAGAGAUGUGAAACCCAAGAUUCCAUUCUGGUACCAGUACGAUGUACCCUGGCUCUUUCAUCAGAACGCAGAAUACUUUUUUCAUAACUUUGCCUCAGAAUGGUCUAACUUCGAGUUUGUCUGUAGCUGGCUACACAGUGAUCUUCUCACAAUUCAUUCUGCACAGGAGCAAGAAUUUAUCCACAGCAAAAUAAAAGCGCUAUCAAAGUAUGCUGCAAGUUGGUGGAUUGGACUUCAAGAAGAAAGAGCCAAUGAUGAAUUUCGCUGGAGAGAUGGAACGCCAGUGAUAUACCAGAACUGGGACACAGGAAGAGAAAGAACUGUGAAUAACCAGAGCCACAGAUGUGGCUUUAUUUCUUCCAUAACAGGACUCUGGGGUAGUGAAGAGUGUUCAGUUUCUAUGCCUAGUAUCUGUAAGCGAAAAAAGGUUUGGCCAGUAGAAAAAAAGGAAGAUACACCUAAACAACAUGGAAUGUGCCCCAAAGGAUGGCUAUAUUUUAACUAUAAGUGCCUUUUGCUGAAUAUCCCAAAAGACCCAAGCAGUUGGAAGAACUGGAUGCGUGCUCAACAUUUCUGUGCUGAAGAAGGGGGGACCCUGGUUGCCAUCGAAAGUGAAGUGGAGCAAGCUUUCAUUACUAUGAAUCUUUUUGGCCAGACCACUAACGUGUGGAUAGGUUUACAAAAUGAUGAUUAUGAAAAAUGGCUAAAUGGAAAGCCUGUGGUAUAUUCUAACUGGUCUCCAGUUGAUGUAAUAAAUAUUCCAAGUCAUACCACUGAAGUUCAAAAACACAUUCCUCUAUGUGCCUUGAUGUCAAGUAAUCCUAAUUUUCAUUUCACUGGAAAAUGGUAUUUUGAAGACUGUGGAAAGGAAGGCUACGGAUUUGUAUGUGAAAAAAUGCAAGAUACUUCUGGACACAGUGUAAACACAUCUGACAUAUAUCCAAUCCCUAAUACCUUAGAAUAUGGAAACAGAACUUACAAAAUAAUUAAUGCAAAUAUGACUUGGUAUGCAGCAAUAAAAACCUGCCUGAUGCACGGAGCACAGCUGGUCAGCAUCACAGACCAGUAUCACCAGUCCUUCCUCACUGUUGUCCUCAACCGGCUGGGAUAUGCCCACUGGAUUGGACUGUUCUCCACAGAUAAUGGUCUUAAUUUUGACUGGUCUGACGGCACCAAAUCCUCUUUCACUUUUUGGAAAGACGAGGAGUCAUCCUUCCUUGGUGACUGUGUUUUUGCUGACACCAAUGGACGCUGGCAUAGCACAGCCUGUGAAUCAUUUCUGCAAGGUGCCAUUUGUCAUGUGCUCCCUGAAACAAGACCAUCUGAACACCCAGAGUUGUGCUCAGAAACAUCUAUUCCCUGGAUAAAAUUUAAAAGUAAUUGCUACAGUUUUUCUACAGUCCUAGACGGUAUGAGUUUUGAGGCUGCUCAUGAAUUUUGCAGAAAGGAAGGAUCUAAUCUUUUAACAAUCAAGGAUGAGGCUGAAAAUGCAUUUCUCCUAGAAGAGCUGUUUGCUUUUGGUUCUUCUGUCCAGAUGGUUUGGUUGAAUGCUCAAUUUGAUGGUAACAAUGAAACCAUAAAGUGGUUUGAUGGAACUCCUACAGACCAGUCAAACUGGGGCAUUCGGAAGCCAGGCACAGACUACUUCAAGCCCCAUCAUUGUGUUGCCCUGAGGAUCCCUGAAGGAUUAUGGCAGCUAUCCUCAUGUCAAGAAAAAAAGGGCUUUAUAUGUAAAAUGGAGGCAGAUAUUCGCACUGCAGAGGAGCAGCCAGAAAAAGGACCAAGUCACAGCAUAAUUCCUCUUGCGGUAGUACUGACACUGCUAGUCAUUCUGGCCAUUGUCACACUUUCCUUGUGCAUAUACAAGCAGAAUGGUGGCUUCUUCAGAAGACUUGCAGGGUUUCGGAAUCCUUACUAUCCUGCAACCAACUUUAGUACAGUACAUUUAGAAGAAAAUAUUCUCAUUCCUGAUCUUGAGAAGAGUGAACAAUAAUAAUGAGGUCAGAGAAUGCCGCAGCCAGCGGCUGGAGUGCAAACUACCUUCAUUGGAAGAUUUAUCUCAUCUGUUCCCUGACUAUUGUCAAAGAAUAUGCUACAGAAAAAGUCUGGUGAAAACAAAGUGAAGAGCAUGUUGCUAAGAACCUAACAUCUUAUGUUAUCCAGAAGAAAGUCCCAAGACUUGAUUUAUCUUAGAUUUCCAUGUGAGUUGUGGGCAUGAGUAUUAACAAGCUUAUUUAAACUGAAAAAUGAAAUCAGAACUUUUCUGAAAAUUUUUUUUUAAUUUGGCUCAUUGGUUUGACAACAAGGAUUGACUUUACCAAUUAAGUUUUAUGGUGAACAUUUUGUAUUAAUUUAAUGAACUAAAUCUGCUCCUCUUGUGUUCUGAUUAAAGCUUGUAACAUGAUAAAGACAUUUUAAUAGAAAAAUAGUAUUGACCAAACUAUAAUGAAUUAAUAUUUUACUUUUCCCACCCUUCAUUUGUAUAUCAGGUAAAGCGUGGUGCCUGUAAGUGAAAGAGUAAUAGACAUAAUGAACAGUUAUUUGAAAAGUUUUAGUAAAGCCUUUUAGUUUUAUGUCUAGUAAAUUGACAUGAAUCAUUCUAAUGACUGGGUAACAAAUCAUUUUGCAAAUAGCAUGUUUCCAGUUCUUUGCUUUAAGGAAAACUGAAGGAGGACAUAACCAAGCAGCUAGUUGAUAGAUAAUAAAUCAUUACAUCUAUUUAAUGUAGAAUCACUGUUUUUUGGCAACUGGGAGAAAGGAAUUCAAGUAAUAGAGGGAUAUUGUUAUAACAAACGUCAUUUUAUUCUCAUCUACUUAUUUAUAUCAACAAAGUUUAUAUGUUAGACAGGAUAAGUUAGAGUAUGCUGUGGAAACAUCCCCUGUAAUAUUAAUGAUUAAAAACAAAAGUCAGAAGUUAGUUUCUUGGUCAUGUGAAGCCUGUUAUGAUCAGGACACUUGCCUCCAAGCAGUAACUCACAGAUCCAGGCUGUGUCCUACCUGCAGAACAUGGGCCUUCCAAUGCUGCCAUGGCACUAGAGAUCUGUUAAGUUCCCAGGUUUAGGAAGCAACACGUGGCACUUCCACUCGCAUGUCACUGGCUGGAAUGAGUCACAUGACCUAACCUAACUGAAAGGAAGUCCAAGAAGUCUUCUGCUUUGUGUGCUCAGGAAGGAGAGGAUAACUGACUGCAGUUAGCACUAGCAAUCUCUACUAGAGUUUCUCAGCGGGUAUAUGUACAAAAAAAGAGAACAGAAUUGAUGCUGAACCUUGAUGCAUACUAGCAAUUUUUAAUUAAUACUAAUUAAUUUUUAUCUAUGAUACAUCCAUUUCAUUAAGAGAUCCAUUUGCUAUCAUUUUAGUUUGACAUAUACUAAUCUUAUUUUAAUCUCUGUACCAUAUUUAUCUUGUUCUGAUCAAUUGCAUACUAACAAUAAUUGGAAUGACAACUCAAAAUAGAAGAAAAUGUAUAAUACAUAGAGCCUAUGUUCACAGAGACUUCUUAAAAAAUAAUUUUAAUUUAUAUACAUAUUUUUACUGCAGCAAAAUAUGACAAGGUAAUGAAUAAAAUAUUUCACAAAUAAAAGUAUAUUUCAUUAGGAUAAAAUUCUGUGGGGGAGUUGGAAUGGAAUUACAAGAUUGAAAGAAAGUAAUAUCUCUGACUUGCUGAAGAGGUUAUUUGUGUGUAUUUCUAUUUUAAAAUAGAUUAUGAUAGAAUUCAAAUUGUUGUAGUGUCUCCAGUCAAAGGAACUUAGGCUUCUUGAGAAAGUCGCUGAUUCCAGGUCUAUGGUAGGAAAAUACAACAUGAAACUGGAAUAUCUUGUGAUGGCAGAAAAUAAGGAGGUGCUCACAAAAAGAUGGGGCAUAUCUGAAGGGUACAGGGACAACCUGAAGGAGCUCCCCAAUGGAAAAGUGGGAACAAUUGGUGCAAAAAAAAUUAUAAUACCAGAUUAUAAUCCAUAAAAUAAUUAUCCAACAAAUAUGGAUAUUUAUUGUAUGGGUUAUAAUCCAUGUGCCCAUACUGAUGUAAACAAUUGAAUGAAUGUCCAUACUAAUGUAAACAAUUGAAUGAGUGAAUGAAUGAAUGAAUGAAUAAAUGAAUGAAUGAAAAGGAGAGAAGUAACAGUUCUUCUCUACAGUAGAAUUCCAAUUACUAAAUGUAGAAGAGAUGGAAGAAACAAAAAUCUCUGUUAGGAAAACACAACAGUAAUAACUGUUGUUGGCAAGAUCUACCAGUUGGUGCUAAAGUUAAUGGGUGAAUGUUUGAGGAAAAAACAAUAUUUGCAUAACCUUAGAGUAUUUCCCCCAAGAUAAUCACUAAUUACAAAGGGAAAGUAAUAACUUUACAUUAGAGAAACUUCUUUAAUCAAGGGAUCAAGGUUAACAGAAACAGUAAUAAGCCACAUCAGCAUCAUGUACCCCCUGGUAUGAUGCAUUGAGAAGGUCACAUGACUUCUUUGGUAUCCUCCCCAAUAUGCAUAAUCUAAAUUUAAUUAUGAAAAAACGUUAGACAAAUCCAAGUUAAGGAACAUUUCACAAAAUAAAUGAUCACUUCAAAAAUGUCCAGGUCAUGAAAGAUAAGGAAAGAUUGAGGAAAUGUCAAGGAUUGGAGACACUAAAGAGACAUACCAACGACGUGCAAGGUGAAAUCCUAAAUUGGAUCCUGGAACAGAAAAUGGACAUUAUGGGGAAAUGGGAAAGCGAAGUCUGUAGUUUAAUUAAUAGUAUUGUGCCAGUAUCAGUUUCUUUGUUUUGAUCAUUGUACCAUGGUUUUGUGAGAUGUACCAUUAGAACAAGCCAAGGGAGGCUGUACAAGAACUUUCUGGAAUAAAUUGGCAAUUUUUCUAUAAACCUAAAAUUGUUUCAAUAUAAAAAGUUAACGUUUUGCUAUGAUAUUAGGUUCCAUUGGAUAUAUUAAAAUGGUGGCAAGGCCCUUUUAUUUUUAAACAUCAUGAGUAAUAAUAUUCUGAAAAUUGCAUCCUAAUUAUAAAAAAUGUUGGCUGUCAACUUAGAAGUUUGUGAAGUGAUAUGCCUUCUUUCACAAUUCUAAAUUUAUAUGUAAGCCAAAAAGUUUGAGGACUACUUUCUCUUUUUUCUCUCCUGUCUCAGAUGAGAAGCAGGGCAAAAUCCUGUGUGUCUCCAGCCUACCUAACACACCAUCCGCUUCAGCAUUAGGACCCAGACACAUCUUGCUGCAGGCCACGCUGACUUUCAUCUGCUGCUCGUUUUAAUCUGCAGUCUUCUUUUGUGUCACUUCCCUAUCUCAUCAGCACUUCUAAUUCUCAUAUUCCUGCUUAUCCCCUACAACCUUAUACCUUAGUAUUAAUAGGGUAUGGCAGGGAAAAACUCACUUAGUUUCCAUUCUAUUCUUAGAGAAGAAAAAUUGGGAGACAUUUGCAAAAUGGCAUGUACAUCAGAAUUAUUGCCAACAUUUAUAAGAAAUUUUGUAGGGAUUAUCAAGAUACAUGGUUGAAAUAUUUAUUCCCUCUUUCCCUACCUUUCAAGGAUUUAGAGCAGGGGUUGGCAGGGCCAAAUCUAGCCUGCAGCCCAUCUUGAAACUAAAGUUAUUGGAACACUGCCAUCCCCAUUCACACACAUAUUGAGCAUGACUGCUUUCAUGCUUCCAUGACAGAGCUGAGUGGUUGCAACAGAGACCGAAUGGCCUACAAAGCCUAAAAUAGUUACUUUCCGGACCUUGCAGGAAGUUUGCCAACCUUUGAUUUAGAAAGUGAAAACCUAAAUGGGGAAGUCUUACAUACUUUAACGUAUCUUAGCAAGCACUGUUAUGUUAAUGUAUAUGGGCAGCACCUAAAAUAUAUUAAUAAGCAAUUCUGGUCAGUAAACAUUUAUUUAGAUCCUACUGUGGUCCAGAAAGUGUCCUGUACUCUGAGGCUAUAAAUAGUGAUAACCCCCCAUCUCUUCCCUCAUAGAACUCAGUCUUGGGGGAGAGGAAUAUGUAAAUAAUAAGUGCAAUACAAUGUGACAUAAAUAAUAUCAAGAGGAAGAGAAUCAGAGAAAAAGGGAGGGGGGCUGAUUAAUUCUGUCAGAAGUAGAGAAGGGCUUAAUAAGCAAUAUGUAUUAAACUGUAGGAAAUGUUAGAAAAAACAGCUUUCUUUAAUAUUUUUUGAGCUAGAAAGCAAGUUUUUAGCUUGAAGUCAAAAUAUUUUUAGAGAAAAAUUUUAAAAUAUGCCUAAUAUCUGAAAUUCUGGAUUUAAAAAAGUGAAAAUUCACAUGUGCCUAUAAUACCUAAUGAUGAAUUCUAAUUGCAGAAAAACGCCAGUAACUAAGACCACAAAAUGAGCCCAGUGUAUACCGGUGACCUUCUUUACUCAGAGUUAAUUAACACAAGCACUUGUUUCUUGCAGAGCACUUUGCUGUAAUUUAGAACAAAUUAAGGGAAAAAAAUCAUUCAAGUGCUGUUUUCUGCACACCAUGAAGUAAGCAUGAUGGACCAAAGUUAACUCAUUUAAAAUAUUAUUAUCCAUUUCUUGUAAUUAUGAAAAGCAACACCAUCUUUUUUCUUCAAAAAAAGACAUCCUGAUCUAUGCUGUUUUCAACUUGUUUCCUGUGCUUCUAUUUAUUAAUGGAAAUUGAUUUUUCAAGAUUAAUAUAAAACGUGUUACCAUUUCUCCUGUUAAGUCUCUUAUGUAUAUUAGAUUUUAGGUAUAUGUUCCUGGAUAUUUUUCCAAUAAACAUUUCUAAUAUAAUACAGCAAAUUGUUAAAGGACCAUUUUUGAUGUUUUUUUCUGCCCCUCCCCAACCCUGAAAUUGUGGCUUUAUUGUCUCCACACAGUGGUUUGUGACUUAACUUGAGUUCCUUGAGUCCCUACUUCUAAGAGAUUAUUUAAACUUCACUCUUUACCUUCUUAGAAUAUAGAGCACAGUAGGAACUGGACACCCAACUCCUAGAUUUAGGAAUCAGUGGGUUCUUGCCCUUGUAGACAUCAGGACUAGAGGGACGGAAAGACAGAGAACCUGAAGGCAGAACAAGGAAAAACUCACAGAAAGAAAUUGGGAGGAGUGGAAACCUAACAAGAAAUGUUGCCUCAGUGAGUCACAAAGGGCUUUGGAGUUCCUGGUCCAAAAUGUGAUUCUGCGGAGGCCGAGGAUAAACUUGUUCAAGACAGAGCAUGUGUUAUUAGAUGUAGUGUUCACCCAAGCCACUGGCAUGGGGAGUCCUCAAGCAAGGGCUCCUCUAAUCAGACAAGGAAUUGUUUCCUUCUCUUUUACUCCAGAUGACACGUAAAGGUACAAAAGAAAACCAGUCUCUGCACACCACCUAACAAAGGGUGCAUCUGAACCAAGCAGAGCCUCCUGGCCACAGGGAAGGAGCAGAAAGUUUGGUGAAACUGGUGCUCAAGGUAGAAAUUCCCUGCGGUUGCUGCUGCAACUUAUACUAAACAUCCCAAGCGAAGUGAAGGGAGAAAACAGAAAUAUUGAGCCAGAAGGUCUACUUGCUUAUGCAUUGCUUUAGAAGAUAAUCUGUAAUGGCAUAUUAAUAAGUGAAGUUAAUGUUACAUUUAAAUAAUAACCUAUAUUUGUUACAAAAUGUAGUUUCAUGGAUGGUAGCCAUUAUAAUUAUGUUAUUGUCAUUACUCAUAUUUACAUUUGAAUCACUCUUACCUGACUUCUUUGGUCAGGAAAUCAAAAAAGUUAAAGGAAGGAAUUGUAAGAAUUGUUUUAACAUUAGUUUAAACAUUUUCUUUCCUAUUAGAAGACAUAAACAUACGUUUAUCAACUAAUCUUUUGGUGUGGGGACAAUGUCUUUUUAAUAUUCCUUCCUACUGGUUUUAUGCAUAAAGCACAUCUGUAGGUGUU